GCACAAUUAUGGAGGAAGAUGGAAGGAGUUUUAAACUUCUCGGCGCAAUCUGCUUUCUAAGUCUCGCCUUUUGGAACAAAGUGUCUACCUAUUCGGUAUCGAGGCGUCCGUGCAACUCUCCACUUCUUUUGGUUUCAACGUAUGGCAGUGUAGUUGCUGUAGACCUGGAUAACAACUCGAGCCACAAAGUCACUUCCAAUUUGUCAGAACCUUUGGCUUUAGACUUCCAUUAUAACCUGGGCUACAUAUUUUGGAGUGAUAGGACAGAAAGUAACAUCAAGCGCUCGAACAUGGACGGUACAAACAUUACAGUGAUCCACAAUAAUGUGCAGAGUUUGGGACUAGCAGUAGAGUGGAACUCAUUGCAGUUGUAUUGGACAGACUACGAUAAUCGCAGAAUAUCAUUAUCAGAUCUCGAGGGAAAUAACAGAACAACUGUCCUUUCUACAAUAGCCCCAGGUGAUAUUGUUGUGGACCCGCACGAAGGAAUGAUGUUUUGGGAAACUGACACCGAGAUCGAGAAAUCAGCUUUAAACGGAACACAACGUGUUGUUAUGGUACGUAAAAUGACCAACUGUCCACGUGGUAUCACUCUUGACAGACAACGCAAGCUCGUUUUCUGGGUGGAAGAUUGUGGGAACAGAAUAGACUCUAGUGACUAUAACGGCAACAACAGAAAGCUACUGAUUCAAAUAGGAGACGCCUCUGACUACUUCUACGGUGUUGUCUUCACCGCCUCAUCAUUAUUUGUUGGUGGUUAUCGCAGUGGUACUAUUUUCAAAGUCAAUACGGCCAGUGGAGCAGUUGUGAAUAGUGUGCAGAUCCCUUUCCACGGAAUUCAAGGAGUUGCUGAGUAUGACUGCACCCUGCACCCACCAGCAAUCACGUGUCCAGGGAUGCAUUCGCCAACAAAUGGUAUAACAUUUGGAUGUUCGGGUAAUGCAACUGAGUCUUAUGAUACAGUCUGUCAUUUCGGAUGCAGUAAUGGCUACAUAGGAUCUGGAUCUCAAAGCAGAAGAUGUCAACAGAAUGGAACUUGGAGUGGACGAGAGUUUGUUUGUGGAAUCAUCAACUGCACAUCUCUGACGAUCGACUCAGGAGGUCCACUGCGCAUAGGUAACUGUGGUAAUCAUUAUGAAGAGAAAUGUAACUUUUCUUGUCCCAUUGGCUACCGUUUGAAUGGCUCGUCAGAACUCACUUGUGUUGCCCCUGGUAACAAAUAUCCGGGAAUGUGGGACAACUCUCUACCGACAUGUGAAGCAAUCACGUGUCCAGGGUUGUCUUCGCCAAUGAAUGGAACAAGAAUUGGAUGUUCAGUGAAUGAAACUGAGUAUUAUGAUACAGUCUGUCAGUUCACGUGUAAUAAUGGCUUCAUAGGAUCUGGUUCUCCAUCUAGAAAAUGUCAACAAAAUGGAACUUGGAGUGGACAACAGUUUUCUUGUGAAAUCAUUAAUUGUUCAUCACUGACCAUCGACCCAGGAGGUCCACUUAGCAUGAGUUAUUGUGGUAAUCAGCAUGGAGCAAAAUGUAACUUUUCUUGUCCUAUUGGUUAUCGUUUGAAUGGAUCAUCAGUGAUAACGUGUGUUGCACCUGGUAACCAAAAUCCUGGAGUGUGGAACGACUCUGUACCGACCUGUGAAGGGAUACUAUGUGAAUCUCUUCAACUUCCUCCCAGUAUGAGAAUGAAUGGUUCUUGCAGCCCGUUACCUGGCAACGCUUGUCAGUUUACCUGCAAACGAGGCUUCAACUUGAUUGGCUCAGCAGUCAGGUGGUGUGAUAAAGAUGGAUCAUGGACCGGCAUGCAACCUCGAUGUGAAGUUGUCGCCUGUCCAAUGUUAUCAUUACCGACCUAUGGUGUACUCUUGGGUUGUAACACCAAUACGACGCAGAUGUUAUAUGGCUCAGAAUGUAGGUUCUCUUGUGAGGAUGGAUCUAUCGCAACUGGUUCAACAGGGAGGAGAUGUACAGAAAAUGGAACGUGGACUGGAACAGAUCUUUAGUGUGCAGGUAUAAGAUCAGACAACACUUGGAAUCAUGAAAAUUAACAAAAAUUAACAUAGGAGAAUUCUGCGCACUUUUUUGAUUCGCGAUGUUGAUCAUUAAACGAUUGAAGAUCAAAAUUUUUUAUCAGUGGUUCGCACAACGCUGCAUCUUCCUGGUUAUGCCUAUAUGGUCCACGUUAUGUAUCGGUGAAUGGAUCAUCUAUGCACGAUCGUAAAACACAAUGAUUUGACCAUCGUGGAUUGCCAGUCGAUACAGGAUCGUCAACAGACUUUUAUUGCCUGCAAUUAUCGUAUUUUGCAGCAGUGGAUCAAAAUCUUUGCAGCAGUAUUUUUAAUGGCUUUGCAGUCGAUUUUAUUCACCUCUGCAUAGAAGGAUCAAUCGAUAUACGAUCGUAAAAUGUAUUGAAUUGACGAUCUUAGAUCAAUAGUUGAUGAAGGAUCGUCGAUAGCCUUGUGAUUGGGAUUCGCAAUCAUUCUAGAUCGCUGCAGUCGAUCUAAAAUCAUCGCUGCUUCCCUUUUUGAGGCUACGUAUCUAUCUAUUGCAGUUUUCUUUUUUAUGGCUACGUAUCUGUCUAUGAAUCAAUGAUGCACGAUCAUAAGACGCGAUAAUUUGACGAUCAUAGAUCACGAGUCGAUAUAGGAUUGUUAGUAGUCUUAUAUUACGACUUGUAAUCAUUAUAGAUCGCCAUGGUCGAUCUUGCAUCAUUGCAACCUUUACUUUUUAUGGUUAUGGGGUUCAUAUGAACCAAUCGAUGCACUGUCGUAAAAGGCAAUAAUUUGACGAUCUUGGAUCACCAGUCGAUACAGGAUCGUCGAUAUUCUAAUGAUUUGCAGCGAUUAUAGAUCGCAGUGUUCGAUCUAACAUCGUUGCGUCAUUGCCCUGUAUCGCUGAUGUCGUUUGAUCAUAUGUAUCUGCGCAUGAAUGAAUUGACUUACGAUUGAGACUGCUCUUUAUCUAACGAUUAUAAUUUGCCGUUUCAGCCUUAUUCUGUUCUAUUAAUGAUGUUGAUAUCGAGUACAAGGCGAUAGCUGCAAGUUUAAUGAAAUGAAUUAAUCAUCAUUCAAGAUUCUAGACUUUCAACUGAGCCUCCUUUUUUACCAGUUUUAUGCGUUUGUUGCAAUAUUUCAUUUAGUUAUAAAAACAGGAGGUUUAAGGCCAUGAAAUCAGUCAAAUCAGUCAGACAAAGAGGAGAGACUAAAAAGAUUGUCAGGAAAUGAACUGGCCGAAUCUAUCAAGGUGGAGAACCUUUUAUAAUGUAUAGUUAUAACCUUCCAACAUCAAAUUUGAACUCUAACCACGAAGUCUAUGUAUUCUUUUGAUAAUGUAUUCUUUUGAAUUUUGUACUGGAGAACGAGGCCAGUAGGGCUAAUUCAAAUUUAAACGAAAGAAUAUUAAUCUAGCAGCCAUUUAUGAAAGUGGUCUAUUGAUCAGACUUACCAAAACAAGUCGAAUGUCAAAAAAGUUUUCUUCUCUGAAGACCGUCUAGUCGAAACAUAUCUAACAUUUGCUAUCGACAUCGACAUUCGUAUAUUGCUCAGGAUGGUCCCAGGAAUAAAAGGUAAUUUUCUACAUUUAUAUUCAUGUUAUCAGUGAUUUUCUUUUGAGUUUUCUUUUCCUAAGGCCAAUACCGUGAGUAAAAUUGGAAAAUAAGCUCCUUGCAAGUCUUCUGUAAGCAAAAGCAAUUGUCGGAUGAAGGCUGGAAGGAGCUAAAUAUCAUUCUCUUAAGAUACACGAGGCCUCUGAAGGUUCAGGUAAUUGAUUUCUCUCGAACAGAAUAUUUUAGCAAAAACGAGCGAAAAUAAAAUCUACCGGGCAUAGUUAAAAUCUGUUUGUUACAAGGCACCUUUCUUGAGACUUUUUUUCUUGAAAAUCCCCAAGGAAUUGCUCCCUAAUUCUGAUUGAGACCUCACGCUUACCAUCGCUAACCUCUAAUCCCCCCUCCCCUCCCACUCUCGUUUCUUUGAAGGCACAAUAUUCGGGGCUUAAAGUGCUGCCCUCAAUCGAUCGUAAAGAGUAAAAUUACUAAUUUUUCGCAUUGUCAUACCAUAGGAAACACAAUCAUGGAAGGAGACGAAAGGAUUUUAAAAGUUCUUGGCACAAUCUUCCUUCCAAGUCUCGCCUUUUGGAAUGGAGUGAUAGCCUGUUCGGGUUACUAUCGAUUUUCCUUUUUUAGCUUUCCCUUUCUCCGCUAAGAUACUUAGAAUGCGAUCCCAUGAGUUUCUUUUGUCAGCCGGCAAAACUUUGUGGCGUAGAAGUCUUGUGAUUUAUUAGCAUUCCAAGAUUUGAGUUGUGUUUUGAAAAUUUCUGUCUCUUGAUCUGAUUCAUGC